UGCGACGUAUGAAUCCACAGUCGCAUUUCUGCUGCACUUAAUUGAAUUGAAUUCGACACGGCAGAAAUGCGACAUAUUUACUGGGCCUGAGUCCUAUUGCAGAACAGCUUACAAUAGGAGAGCCAAUCAGAGCUGUAGAUUUCAACCAGAAAACAUGAAAAGUAGAAGCAAACAGCCACGAUUUUCAAUGUGGGUUGAAAAAGUGCAAGAUCACGAGCUGUGGUCCCUUUGACAGAUCUGUAUAGCACCCUGUAGUGUGUGAGCAGGCUCUUGUUCAAAGGCGAAGCUGCUAGAGAUGAGGUGGGGAGCCAGCAUGAAUUAGAACCUACCUAGAUGCUAUUGUUUUCAGAAUGCAGCCUCUCCAAAGGUGUCAAGAUUUUGACAACUGGUUACCUGAAUGUGUCAAAUUUACCAGCCAAUAGAAAAUGAGCCAAACAUCAACAAAUAGAGCAGAAGUGGAAUAUUUGCCGGGCUCAGGCUUGUGCUUCCAUGGCGGAGGUGAAUGUCUUGCUUUCUUGUGGAAAUGACGACAAGACACUGAAGAUUCAAAGGGACUGUACCUUUGAUGAAUUUAGGACACAAGUGAAGUCUCUCUUUCCUCAUUUACCAGAGCAUUUUACUAUUAGUGAUGGAGAUUUCAAUGAACUGGACACGGGAAAUUUUCAUCAAGUUAAAAACAGCAGACUUGAAACGUGGUGUCUGGUACGUGGCUCGAAGCAAGAUGCUGUCAAACUGGACAAGCCGCAUUCUGAAUUGAUGCGCUAUGAUGUGCACCCAAAUGCACUCACUCAAAGUGGCAAUUACCAUUUUAGUGCCAGUUAUCAAGCAUUUUGUGAGUUUAUUGACAACAGCAUACAAGCCACAAGUACGAACAACUGCCGUGACAUGGAAAGAACGAUAGACAUACACAUCUUCCUUAGAGAUAAAUUAGUGGCUAUAUUUGACAACGGAGAAGGUAUGACGUAUGAGGGACUAAAAGCCUUUGCCACUUACUUUUUAUCACAAGCUGAUCGUGGCCUGGAAAAAGAGGAGGUAGAUCUUAUACCUGCAUAUUUGGAUGGUGCUAUAUCCAAGUUUGGUGUGGGAGCUACGCAAGCAGGCUUCUACCUUGGUGACCGUAUUAAAGUUAUUACCAAGAGGGAGGAAUGCCCAUAUGUGACUGAAAUUGCGAUAUCCAAGGAAAAGCUUCAAGAACGAGCAAAGGAAGGCAAGCCUGUAUUUGAGGACUACAGAUGGAUAAGAAAUCCCAGUGACACAUCCACAUUGCAACCAGGAGAAGAAGAGAGAUGUCUGAAAGAUAUUAUUGAAAGGGAGGCGGCAUUCUCACAAUUCACCAUGAUUAUUAUCACCGGCAUACGUGACAUUCACAUCAAUUCCAUCCGUGAGGAUGGUGGAAGCAGUCUGGCCCGGAACCUCGCCCAUGUCUACCACUUUUACUUGUUUGGUGAGCGUGGCCGUACAGGCAACAUGAAGUUACCCGCCUUGAGUAACUCCAGAAUCCCUAUGGAGUUAGGAAUGAGUUCUUUCCUGAAGGUGGAUAUAAGGCUGGUGAUAGACGAUGGGAGAAAUUCCAACCAAAAGAAUUUUUUUAAUCUUCGUGAAAUCGAUGAUGAUCUGGAAAGUUUGUACCAGACCAGAGCCAAGGAAUGGUUCCCGUUUUCGUUGACAAUGAAGGUUCCUGGUUUGGACCCUCAUCAAACUGUCCAGGGGGUAUUGAUGUAUUUUCCUCAUGAGGCAGGACACGAGACUCUUCCUCGGUCAACUGACCUUGAAGAUGAUGCACAAGAGCCUAUAUUUGAGUGUUUCUGGCAAGGAAGACUGGCUCCUCUCUCCUAUGUUCACAAGAUGGAAUUUUGCACUUCUCCAGCUCAACGAUCAAAGAAGCAGAAAGAUGUAGUGCCCGACAGCUGUUAUCGCAGGCUCAAGGGAAUUCUGUUCUUUAACAGACAUACACCUGUCUCUAACAACAAACUGAAGAUCCUGCUGGACGAGAGAAAGGACUUAUCCAGUGCCCUGGAAGAUGCGUCAACUGAAAGAAGACUGCCCCAGGAAUUCAGAUCAUGGCUGGAAAAAUGCCAUCGAGAGCUGGAUAAAGAGGUGAGCUUCGACUCUCCACUGCCAGCUUCUCAACAGCCGAGGUCAGGUGAUGUGCUUCACAGUGUGUUACGUGUCACAACUAGUUCAGGAGUACAAGUCUACAAAGUUUGUGAUAUUGUUAAACUGGACACCAAACCCAUCAUCUAUGGCAAAGUCAUGCACUUUGUAAAAGUCAGCAAGAAAAAUGACGUAGACAAGGUUGUUGUACAGCGACAACCAGAAGAGGUUUACCCGUCUCAAAAAGAAGAACGGCCUAUCUCCAGAAUAUUAGAAAUUCCUGAUCAAAACACUCUGAAGAAGGUAUUCAGCCAGGAAAAACAAAUGCUUCCCAAAACAGUCAGAGUGUACAAGGACAACAUGAGCAAUGAAAUCACGUCCAAAACAGUGUUGCAGUGGUCGGCAGGUGAAACACAGAAGGAUUUUACCGGCUUCUGGGUGAAAAUCUUCAACGGCGAGCGACCGCCCAAACAGCUAGUGACCUUGCACAACAAGAAACUGUCCGUUCGUCAAGUGAUAGAGGGACCAGAAAACAUGGCGCCCAUUCAGAAUGACCAACCCCAUGACGGAGAGAAGUUCGGCUUCAAGCCUUUCGGGUUGUCAGUGGCGGGAACUUACGUUCUCAAGUACAUUGCGAUGCUGGGAGAGAGGGAAAUGGCUUUCACACAAUUCGACAUUGUCAUCAAAGCCAACAUCGCUUCCCAUUUCACUCUUACCGAGCCUUCACGAACAGAAACUCCACGUCUUGGGCUGGGCGAACCAGCCCUCAAGUUUAAGCUCCUAUUCCAAGACAGCAAAAACAACCCGGCGACAGUGUUCAGUUCCGGGGAAUUCGUCAAGUUGACAGUGACAUGCCCAAACUUGGACGUGCAAGGCGUUAAGGACAAGUACAAGCCGAACAGCGACGGAGUAGUUGAGGUCAGCGGUAUAACUUUGACUCCCAAUGCCUCGGGCAAGGUGCAGUAUGGGCGCGAUCAGAUGGUCCGAGUUGACGUCACUGGAAUUGAUUACAGUAAUUAUGUGACGUUUCCGGUGAAAAUCAAAGCAGGUCAACCACAAACUGUAAAACUUCCCCAGUUCGAAACAACCGAAGUUCCUAACUACGAAGAAUUCCCUGAGUUCGUGAUUCAGGUCCUGGACCAGUGGAGUCAACCAUGUUCUGUGAGCGACAAAAGAACGAAGCUUCACGCCGAAUGCGAGGCAUUUAUCACCGGGCCGCAUCUCGCCAACAUAGAGCACGGACAAGGCAGAUUUUCCCCGAUGAAGGUGAAACUUGCUCCUGGCAAAGCGCCUUGCACUGUCAAGGUUAAAAUAUCCCUUGUGGUCGUGGACAGUAAUCGGCGAAAACUCACCGUAAGCGAAACUUUGAAGGAGUUAAAACAGUUCUCCAUUAAAGUUCUACCCAGCACUUUGCCGCAUAAAGUGAUGAUCUGUGAAGGAAACCAGAACGAAAUGACGACGGCGAAUGGAGUGGAUAAGAAUUCCAAGGAGGGUAGAGAUUGUUUAGAGCUGACGGCUCCUGCCGGUUCCAUCGUUAAGGGCUUGUUCUUGAAAGUGUUUGACGAGAGCGGAAAGUUUUUGGGUGACGAAGACUUUAAGGCAGCCGAGCCUAAAGUGACCACGAGUUGGAGCGGAGAGGUUCCAGUGAGAAGUCUGCCGUAUCUGCCUGACUGCCCUGUGGCUAAUCUCGCCAAUAGCACUUUUGUGGGAAAUGUGGAGUGUGUGUGUAGUGACGUCAAGUGUCAAUCCCAAAUAAGAAUUAAACCCAUUGCAGGUGAACCUCAGAAGUGGCUCUUUUCUAGUGAAACGGCUUCUGUGGAAAUCGAAUGUGACAGCAAGAAACAACUGAGCCAAAAGCUUAGAGUACAAUUACGGGACAAGCUAGGAAAUCCCGCAGAGUGUCCCGCGGGUGUGGAGCCUGUCGUAACAGUUGAACAUUCGCCAUCCAAGAGUAGCAGCACGGCAGUUUUCAUUGGACAUUUAACCUUGAAGGGAACUGAAUUCGUGUUCAACAACGACGCGACUAUCUCCGGAAACCCUGGCAUCAUAACCAUGUGUGUGUCUGACAAGGAAGGGAAAUUCUCCAGAGACACUCAGAAAAUCAGUCUAAAACCCGGUGCUCCGCAUCACAUUGAGUUGAAAAGCCAAGCAUUCGAUGAUCCCUCACAGAAGCAUGAGCACACAGCCAAGCUCUUCUCCAACUGCUUUCUCAGCGCGCCGGUCCACGCGUUUGUUUGCGAUAGCUCUGGGAACAAGACUCCACUCAGAACAACGCUGAAUCUGUCCUGGACCCCAUCCUCCUGCGGGUUACUGCUGACCAAGAGGGCUCAGAAAGGAGAGGCGGUGUUUGAAGCGAACACGAUGAAAUGCGGAAGUCGCAGUGGAGAUCAGCAGGUUAAACUGAAGGUGUUCAGUUCAGAUCACAAAAAUUUAACGGCCGCUACUGUUACAGCCACUCUGGAAAAGAGUAACCGAGUAAAAGCUGUAGUCGUGGAGGUAUCCGCUGACCAGGCCCUGCUGGCCACAGGUUGUUAUCCCACACUGAAGGUUACAUGUCAAACAGAAGAUGGAGUUCGAGUCGAUGCCAUGGGACAUCUUAGCCUUGAAAUAACUCGUCCAAAUGGCACACCCGUAAACACGUCAAUCUACCGGAAACCCACUCAGAACCGUGAAGGCGUCGUCACCUUUCAAUCAAUAGCGAACCGUUACUUGGAGGAGGCGGGGCAGUGGUCCAUCAUUUGUCAGUACAACGAGUACAGGGAGAGGCUCAAGUCUGUCUUGCCCGUGACUGAUCACAUGACCAGGAGCCUUCCAGUUCAGUUCGUGGUGCAUCCCGGUACUCCUCAACGACUCGUGUUACGUUUUCAGUCUGGUUCACCCGGCGUGAUCUCUGCGUCUUGCACUGCUGACCUCAAGGGCCGUACCAUUCUUCCGCGACCUGGAAGGAGCGGCGUAGAGGUUGUGGACCUCGUAGCUGAAGACAGUUGCGGCAAUGUCGCGAACGUCUCCUUGACAACAAGCGUGGCCAUUCAACCUUCAGGGACUGUGCCCGAUGGCACGGUCCUUCCAGCUUUGGAGAACAGUCCGGUCCAGCUCACUCUCAACCGUGGUAUGGCAAGGCUACCAAGGCUCACUCUUUGUAGUCGCGUUGGAAAUUAUAUCGGGGAAUAUAUGUUAGUAUUUUCCGCUCCUGACGUCGAUGUCGAGGCAUAUUCCGUUAAGUUUGCUUUUAGUACAGAUGAACAUAUACAGCGCAUACAGAAUGAGCUACAGCCGCUGAGAAAACAGAUUGCAGAUUACGAGCAGAACGUGGCAGAAUCCAAAAGAAGACUGUCUCGGUGCCAGUCGGAGUUGACGACGGCACUCACGCCUGUCCGAAGCUCGUUCCGAGGAAUGCCGAGGAGACCCGACGUAGUGAAUAUACUUCAGACCAGUAGAAACGAACUGAAUCAGUUGGAAUCUAGUCAGGCCACUACUCGAACAGUCAUCACACAACCGGGCCACCCUCCUGCUAGGAUACGACACUACAUAAAGGGUAUUGUAGCAGAACUCGCGUACGUCUCCGACCCAUUAGUUGCUCGCAUCCUCUCGUGGUAUCUUCAGUCGAAAAUGCCAGUAGCGCUCACUACCACCACAGAACAGCAACGAAAGGUUUACGACGCAGGAUGCUCGGCUUACUGCGAAGCGACUUUACUUCCCUUUUCGAAAAGGGACUUUGAUGGAAGCGAUGGCAAACCUCUGCCUUUAGAGCUCCCUGCGCCUCCUUCAAAUUACCGAAGCCCUAUUGAAUUCGCUGUGAAUCUGCUCGAGUUUACGAGUGACAAUGGCUACCUUCGCAGCAGCCUUUUUUGGAAUCUUCUAUCGAAGACGAUCGUGGUCAAAGAUCUGAAGUCUGGACAGACGUAUCGCGAGCACCUCACCCGAAUGAAGCAGUCUUGUCCCACGAUUUUGACACGUGAUGGGAACAUGAUCGCCUCUGACGGGUUGAUGGAUCCCAAGAAGCGCUGCCCACCAAGAAUGGAAGAUUUGCGGUUCGCGUUCGGAGCGUUACCGGCUCGCGAAAAGGUGCGUUAUCGCGAACUGAAAGAGAGGUGCGAAGCUUUGGACAGAUUGCAGUUAACGUUCGAAAAACACGAGAAAGAGGCGGAAGAAGUUCGCGCGAAAGAAGACCAGUUGCGAGAGGUCAGAAAUAGUUUGUCUCCUCGUAUUACCGAACUUGAAAGGGAACUUAGAAAGUUGAGACCUGGCAUUGAAAGAGACGGUAGUGAACCCCCUGAUAAACGUAGAAAAAGAUAGUUACUUGCUUACUUGCGCAAUUUUUGCUGGAAAGAAACGAUUGUAGGUAGGUAUGUUCAGCGUUUUAUCAAUAUUGGUUCCAUACAUUUCGUACAGUUACUGGUUAGGACAUAUUUUAGAUCAAGAAAAUUUUCCAUUGCUGAUCAACGCCUUUAUUAUCGUAAUUUACUAGUCUGAUUUCGUAUUGCUGUUUUAAGGAGAUUCUAGUUGUUGAUCGCAUGCAGUGUUCAUAUGUGUAUGUAGAUGCACGGUGAAGAUUAUCUCAGCCGUGAAUUGAAAACUUACAUUUUGAAAUUUACGGAAGUUUACGAGUGUUUAAAGUUUCCUUACAGAAUAGCGUUUUAGAAUAACACGCUGAAACAACUUGGUUACUUGUCGUGAAAAAAGUCUGUCAAGGUUAACAAAGUUUCAUCUUCCGCAGUUGAAGCAUAAUCGCAAGUUUCGGUCGUUAGGAAAAAUAACGAGAACAGAUGGAAUUUUGUAUGACUCCAUCAUUGUAUGUAAAGUAUUUUUUACCUAAAGUAGAAGUAAAACCAUCGAUGGGUUGUGCGUUCGUAGUGCAAAAUUUAAGUGGUCUUCAUUCCCCGCAAAUUUUAGAGUCGGUGGUAUUUUGCUAAGGUGAGGGACGUUCGGAGAAUGCUCGUGUUGUUUUCCGACUGAAAGGUAGAGAUCGUGGAUUCAUCGGUACUACUGUGAAGUUUUUGCGAACACCGCACGAUGGAGGUUUUCGAUUUUUUAUCAUUUUUGUUUUGUUUUUUACAUCAUUAUAUAUACCUGAAGUAUGCUUUGGCAGAACAAUCAUGACUUCAUGGCAAAACAAACAUGACGAGUUUUUCUAUACUUAGAGGUAUCGUACUAGAUUUUCAUUUUUUCCUUCCAUUGAUUUGUUUUCGCGCCAUUUGAUUCGUCCAUUGUAACUAGUCACGUGGUACAAAUGUGUCGUUAUUGGGCGAUAUGCAUGUUCUUCCCACGUGUCAAAGUAAGGUUUCGCGACGGGAAAAUGAAAAAGUGGGCACUGCUCGAAAAUUUUGAACGGCGAAUUUAGCGAGAAUUGAUCGGUUCAUGUUUGUAGGCUUUGAUUUGACUAAUAACAGAACCCCAUAAGGGUGUCGGCCAAAAAAUUAUAAACAUUUACCUUAGUGUAGGUUGGGAUAGAAGCUGAUAGGGUUGUGAUGGAGUCGAGGCGACGUGUGCUUCACGCUGGAAGGAUUUCCACAAUACUUUUGACGUCAACUCUUUGCCAAACGUCUCAAAUUUUGAUUGGAGAAAGGAAAUUAAACGGAUCCUAUUAUUAAGAUGUUUAAAAUGCUAAAUUAAUAAUGGUAAUAAUUAAAAUAGCAACAGCAACAACGAAAAAGCACACAUUACGAUAAUAUUACGCAUCGCUCGCUUUUGAAACAAUGUUAAUUUAAAAAUACGAUUGUAAAGCUGUUUUUGUUUUGCUUUGAAAAGUGAGUUGCCAGCCAUUUAUAUAUGUAAAAAUUUAAUUUAUUUUCUUGAAGGAUUUAGGUAAUAUUUUCAAUUAAAAAUGUAAUUACGUUUUACGGUAGAUUUCGGCAUUAAAGUGGAGGCAAACGCCGCCCAUUAGUCACCAACAAAGGGGUUUCCCUUUUUUUCAGCCGCUAGGGUAAAAAUGUCAGAUAUCUGUUUGUUUAUGAGCUAAUGUUUUUAUCGAAUGACCAGUUCGUACUUAACAUAUUGAUUGCCUUGCUGAUGCUUUUGAAGUUGCAGCUUGCGAAAACUAGCCACUUCAGUACGAACCUCAGUCUCGUUCUAGUGCUAUUGUCUGUAGAGAUUUUCAAACAUUCACUGUAUAUGUGGCCGCCCUGACCUCGAAUCGGCGUCAUUGCUUGCUGGAAUGCGGUAGUGGUCUCUUUACGCUCUCCCGUUAUUCAUAGACCAGUGAACAGGAUUUCUCAAGUUUUGUUUGUUAGUGAGAGCUGAGGCACUUUGAUAGAUAUUCUUCUAUUGUUAAUACUAGGAAAAGUACAAUAGACCAAAGUAAGGUUAUAAGAAGAACGAAACGUCAUUCAUUUCAUAAUGUGUCAUAAAUAUCGUAGGAACUGCACUAAACUGGCUGCGCUCACCUCGAUUUCAUUUUCAUACCGAAGCUAGUUUAUGUGAUGCUGGGCAACUUCAAGAGAUCAAGAUACCAGCCGCGUUAAAGUCGCGUUUUGCGGGUUUUCCUCGGUAAAUGCCCUCGUUUAUGAUCGCGGCCAGUGUGCUUCACAUACUCUGAAAUAGAUUUAUUUUGCUAGUAAAGAUAAUUUUCAGCAAAUCUAAAAUACCAGGAACCUGAAAAUAGUUAGUAUUUCUUGUCAAUGACAGUUUUAUAUCUAGAUGAUGGAUUCAAAAUUUCUCAUUUUGCUAUAUAAAGAAAUUUAUAUGUGAACGUUUUUAGUAUUUUCCAUUUAGAGAGGCCAACUUUGGUGCAAAAAUUUAUGUCUAGAGCCUUACAUGGAUGCUAUUUAUUUAUUAGUAAUUAUUAUUGAUAAAUCAGUCAGACAUUCUUGUAUUCACUUGAAUCCUCGUAAAUAUUUUGUAAAUCGGGUUACUGUUCAAUUAAUAAAGACUACAUUAAAGCGUGGUUUCGUUUGAAUGUAAGGCCAGAACUUUGA